AUGGUACUCAAAGAAAAUAAUACAAUUUGGAUCAACGACAUAUGUAAGAAUGCAAUAAUCGAAGGGAACGAACUGAGGAAAAAAGCACUACAAAAUCCAUCAGAUAAAAGUGUAAGAAAAUAUGAAGAACAGAGAAAAUUGACCAAUAAAACGUUAAGGAGAGAGAAACAUCUACACGAAAAGAAGAAAAUAGGGGAAAUAGAAAUUAAUAGAUACAAUGCAAAAAAGUUAUAUGAAAUAGGAAGAAAAAGUUGGUUUUAAGCCGUAAACAAGGAACUAUGAUCACAGAAGAGAAACAAAUCAUAAAUAAUUUCUAGGAGCAUUUCGAAGACCUCCUGAAUUUAUCCACAGUAGAACAUGAUUUAGAUUCAGAUAUAGACUGCUAAACAGCAGAAAUAGAUAUAGAGACACCCAAAUAUGAAGAAAUUAAGAAUCUAAUUAGGAAGCUUAAAAAUAACAAAGACCCAAGAGAGAACAGCAUAGUGGAGGAAUUACUUAAAAAAGGUGCUACAGUAUUGGUGAGCAAAACUAGAUUAAAACUUAUUAAGACAAUAUGGAAAACUGAGACUAUUCCAGAAGAAUGGAAAAUUGAAAUUGCAUGUCCAAUAUUUAAAAAGGGAAAUUCCAAUAAAACAGAGAAUUAUAGAGGAAUCUCAUUACUGGAUACAUGUUAUAAAAUUUGACAUCACUGAUAUUAGAAAGAAUAAACUCGUAUGUCGAAGAAAUAGUUUGAAAUUACCAAUGUGGAUUUAGAACAGGAAAAUCCACAACAGACCAUGUCUUCGCACUAAGUUAAAUAAUGUCAAAAUAUUACGAAUUCGGAAAGGACCUACAUCUAUUUUUUGUAGAUUUUAAGCAGGCGUAUGAUAGUGUAGACAGAGAAGAGCUUUGGAAGGCACUGGCAAUUUUAGGAAUACCCAAAAAAUAUGUGAACCUAAUAAAAACAUGCUAUGGAAAAACAUUAUGCAGAGUGCGUUAUUUGCAAGGCAUCUCAGAUCCUUUAGAAGUUAAAUCCGGCCUAAAACAAGGGGACGCCUUAUCACCAGCAUUAUUUAAUUUUGCUCUCGAAAAAAUAAUAAGAGACAUAAACGACGACCGAAGGAUGGAGAUAAGCAAUGAACAAGUUAUGUUAGCUUAUGCAGAUGACAUUAUGGUAAUGGGUGAAACCAAAGAAGAAGUCAUCAACUCAACAUUCGAGCUCAUGAAUGCAAGUAAAGGAAUGGGAUUGCAUGUAUACGAGGAGAAAAUUAAGUACAUGUUUUUUUUGAGAAGACCGCCAAAUAUAGAUUCCAUACAAGUUGCUAAUUAUAAAUUUGGAAAAGUCGAUAAUUUCAAGUACUUAGGUGUGAACAUCAACUACAAAAAUGAUAUGCAUAUAGAAAUAAACGAUCGGAUCUCUAGUAGAAAUAGAUGA